UUUUGCUUAUAUAACCCAGAUCUAGAGCUUCGUAAAGAAUGUGUUAUGUGUCAAGAGUGGAUAGCUUUGCUCGGUACACUCAGAGCAAUCUAAAGAGGCUUCCUUGGAAAGCACCAGACUAUAAAUUAAUGGUGAUCAACAUUGGAGAAUUGUGGGAUAGACCUGUCCCUGUGGAUGAUGAUGGAUUACUUCCCCCCAGCUACAGUGACCAUGUUUUCUGGGAAUCUGAAAGAAUUUAUCAGUCCCAUGAAGAAUAUGAUGCUACAGACUACAUGCAUUUCAAAUGUCUUUCUCCAGAUCAAGCUGAAAUAAACGUUGAAUAUAAUUUGCCCAUCCUUUUGGGCUCACGUCCUCAAUUUAAUGAUGGAAAAGAGCUUUGCCCAAAGGAGAACUCAAAUAAUUUGACUAACAUGUCUGUGACAAAACAAGAUGCCUUUAUUCAUGAAAUCCCCAUGGAUUCAGAAGCACCAGAAUGUGAAAACAUAUGCCCUCACGCUUCUAAAGCUUUACGAGUUCGUUCUCGUGGAAACAAAGAUCGGCAUAGUAAAGUUAGUACUUCAAAAGGACUUCGCGACACAAGGGUGAGGCUUUCUAUUUCUACAGCUCUUCAGUUUUAUGAUUUACAGCAAAGAUUGGGCUUUGAUCAUUCAAGCAAAGUCAUAGACUGGCUUAUGAGUAAAGCAAAAGUUGCUAUAGAUAAACUCCCACAACCAUCUCAUAUUUCCCCAAAAAAUUGUGCAUUGUGUAGCUCAUUAGCUACAGAUCAUACAAUUCCUGACCAUUCUCAGACCAAGCCUAAACCUAGGUAUUCACCCACAGAUUUGACUUGGACUGGUGGACCAGUAGGCAUAUUGCGGUCUGAGUCACUGAGAAAUGGAAAGGGCAAGAACCCCGUUUCAAUAAUCCAAAAUGCACCUCCAACAAACAAAAUUGUUUCUCUUCCAAAUGAUAUCAGCGUCUUUUAUUCAUCAAAACCUUCUGGGGUGGAAUGCUUAACACCCAAAUCAGCACAAAGCAUGAAACCAUGGUGGUUUCAACAAACUAAAUAAUGGCUGCUGCAAGGAAGGGAAAACUGUAAGGGAGGGAAUUUGCUUUAGGAGUUAGGAGGAAAUGAUUAGUAUUAGAGUUUAGGGUUCUCUGGAGUUCUACAGUUUUAAGACGUGACUACCUUUUUUGGUUUGGAGUUCUGAGUGCUUUAUGAUUGUCUUUCCGUAUUAGUAGCACUGUUAAUGUAGAUAAUUGUCUCAAGUUGGUUCGAUGACCUCCGAUAA